AUGAAAAAGGCAAUCAGGAUAUUGUCGAAGUUAGUAUUGUCUCUAGGAGUAGUUGGAAUAUUCAUCCUGGCAAUUCCGUUUUCUUUAUUGGCAUAUCCGCUAUACAUGUUAAACAGGCCUUUAUGCAUUCGCCUGUCAACGUUUUUCACAUACACCCUGUGGACCUUUACAGGCUUAAUAUUCAAUAUUUCAAACAGUGUACAUGGGAGCAUAGAUAUCGGAAGUGAAAGUUAUUUUGUGAUCAGCAAUCACAUAGGGUCUGUGGAUUUCAUCUUGGUUAAUGAAAUAGCCAGGAGAAGCGGAAUGGUUAGCCAUGUGAAAUAUGCAAUCAAGGACGGUCUUAGGUUUUUCCCUGUGUUUUAUCAGAUAGUAGUUUACGUUGGAUUUCUUGUUCUAAAAAGGAGCUUUGAAAAAGAUCAGAAGAGCAUUAUUAACUACCUAGACUUUUUUAAGUCCACAAGUAUUCCAAUGUGGUUUGUGUUUUAUCCAGAGGGAUCGAGGUUUUCAGAGAAGCUGAGGCUGAAGAGCUGGGAAUACUCAGAUCAAAGGGGCAUGAAAAGACUGAACAACGUUCUUUUUCCGAGAUACAAAGGAUUCAAGCUCGUAUGCGAGCAUCUUAAAAACUCCAGGAUAAAAAAGAUCGUGGACAUCACAUUCUCUUACUCGGAGAAUAAGGUUCCUCCCCUAUGGAAGUUUCUCCUCUGGGACACAUCAGGGUCGUUCAAUUGCGACAUUAGAAUUACUCCCAUCGAUGAGAUAGAUGACUACGAAGAGUUCCUUUACAGGAGUUUUGAAAGAAAAGAUGCACUGAUAGCAGAGUGGAAUGAUACCAUAAAGCAGAAAUAA